AUGAAGCUGGAUAUAGUCAGGUACCUCUUCGCCAUAAUGCUCUGCAUAGCGAACAUGAUCAUCUACGGUCUGAAAGUAAACAUAGCCACGGCCAUAGUAGGCAUGGUGAAAGCUAAGAAAGGUGACGGUGUACAAAGUGACGCGUCGCAAGAAUGCGGAUUUGAGAUGGAUGAAGCGACAGUGGACAUAGACGGUCCAUUCGAUUGGUCCACGACCGAACAGGGUUUGGUAGUCAGUAUCUAUUUCGCUGGCUAUCUCGUUGGAAUGUUCCCCUCGGGCUACUUCGCUGAUCGCUUCAACACGAAAAAUGUUUUGCUGGUCUGCGUGCUGUCGAAUGCCUUGCUGACGUUGAUAGUACCAACGGUGGCGCACAUAUUAGUAGUGCUGUACAUCAUCCGGUUCUUCACGGGCCUACUGGCCGCUGCGAAUCUGCCGGUGGUGAACGUCCUCGUCGGCAAAUGGGUCGUCUACGAAGAGAAGAGCACCUGGGUCGCCAUCAUCUACGCCGGCACGUCUCUCGGGACGGUCGUGUCCAUCCUGAGCUCCGGAAUGAUAGUCGGUACCAUGGGCUGGGAGGCCGUUUUCUACAUACACGGCACGCUGCCGUUCAUCUGGUGCGUGGCCUUUUGGUGGUUCUUCGCGGACAACCCGGAAACGCAGAAGUACAUCACGGAGGAUGAACGACUGUACAUCGUGAACUCGUAUGGGCAUCGGACGCCCGAAUCCACUAAGCAGAAAAUACCGUGGAAACAGAUAUUCACGUCGGUGCCCUUCCUGGCGUUAGUCUAUACCAACACGUUCGGCAACUUCUGUUGGUACUUCUUGCUCACCCAGUUGCCGUUGUACAUGAACAAGAUUCUCAGAUUCGACAUCAAAUCGAAUGCUUCGUUAAGCUGUACACCAUAUCUUUUGAACGCGAUAGCGAAUCCAUUGCUUGGCAAGCUACUGGACUGGGGUAGACAGAAAACUUACUGGACCCAGACUCAGGCUCGAAAGAUCGCCGUAUUUAUAAGUUGCAUUCCUCCAAGUAUUUGCCUCGCGGUAAUCGCGCACAUCGGCUGUGAUCGCACGACCUCCACAGUGUUCCUGAUACUCGGCGUGGUGCUAUGCGGUGCCAUUUUUGUCGGCCACCUUGUCAAUCAGAACGAUCUUGCACCGAAUUACGCAGGAAUCUUAAUGGGCAUCACGAAUACUCCAGGAACUAUCUCGGCAUUCAUUUUGCCUGCUCUGGUCGGCGCACUUAUGGAAGAAGGGCACAGCAUGGCGCGAUGGAGAUACGUGUUUUGGUUAAACAUCGUCGCCCAGAUAUCGGCGUUCAUUGUAUUCGUGAUCUUCGGAUCGGCCGAGAUCCAGGAAUGGAAUCAAGCGUUCGGCGAUUAAAAGGAGAAAUUAAUAUGGAAGAAGCUACCUUCUACUGACGCCAAAAAAACAAAUCU